AAAUGUAAAUGGCAUGAUUUAUGUAAAUGGAGAGAGGAGAAUACAGAAAUCAUUCCAGAAAUUCCUCUGCUAUGUUCCCAGUAAUAGCAUACCUCUUCCUAAUUUAUCAUUAAAAGAAACACUUAUGACAGCUGUCAAUUUAAAAUUUAAUGAUGUUACCAGAGAAGAAAAGUGUAAAUUAGUAAAAGAUGCAAUUCGUUAUUGGGGUUUAACCGAAUGUGAAAACACGCUUGUACGUAAUCUUUCGGAUGGAGAAAAAAAGCGUUUAUGUAUUGUACAAGAAAUUAUUAAUAAACCAUCAUUAAUAUUUCUAGAUGAACCGACCAGUGGUUUGGAUAGUUUAUGUUGUUUCCAAUGUAUUUCAAUGUUAAAGGAUUUAGCAAAUAGGGGUCAUACUGUUAUAUGUAGUAUUCAUCAAGCCAGUGCAAAAGUUUUUGAGCAGUUUACCAAAUUAUAUGUCUUAGUUGAAGGCCAAUGUUUGUAUGAUGGAUUGACAAACAAUCUUCUAACAUUUUUAUCAAGUCAAAAUCUUGAAUGUCCAUUAUAUCAUAAUCCUGCUGACUUUGUUAUAGAAAUAGCAUUAGGUGUUAAUAUGACUGCAGAAGAAAGUUUGAAUAUGAGAAAUAAAUUAAUUGCUGUGAAUGCUGAAAAAUACAAAUGUACUGAAACUGAAACUUUGAAAGAGAAAUCAAAACAUGCAUUUUCUUUAAUGAAAUUUAUGAAAAACUAUAAGAAUGAUGCAGUAGCUUCAGAUGAAAUUAUGUGUACAUCAAACUUGUUGAAAAAUAAUCAGAGCAUUAUUUAUGAAGCUACACCUAAAUAUGCAAGAAACACCUGGUAUCAGUUUCUCAUUUUACUCAAUCGUGCUGUUUUAAGCAUAAUGAAAGAACCUUUCAUAAUUUAUUUCAGUUCAGCAGUUCAUAUAAUUAUUGGAAUUCUUAUGGGAUUGAUGUACUAUGGCAUUGGCAAUGAUGCUAGUAAGAUACAAGAUAAUACUUCUUGUCUCUUGUUUACUCUUGUAUUUAUUGCAUUUACAUCAAUGGAAGUCACAGUACUAACAUUUAACAAUGAAAUGGCUCUCAUUCAGCAAGAAAUAUUUAACAGAUGGUAUAAUCUCAAAAGUUAUUAUCUAGCAAGAACAUUUGCUGAUAUUCCUUACAAUGUAAUACAGCCAGUUGUAUUUGGAAGUAUUAUAUACUGGAUGACAGGUCAAAUCAAUGAUAUACCCAGAUUCUGUAUUUUUAUUUUGAUUUGUCUCUUUACCAGUUUAAUUUGUCAGUCUGUAGGACUUUGUUUUGGAUCAAUAUUCAAACCUCAGAAUGCUUUAUACCUUUCUGCAAGUUUUAUUGUUCCACAUAUAUUAUUUUGUGGUUUCUUCAUUCGUUUUAAUGUAAUUCCAUCAUAUUUGAAGUGGACUACUUACGUAUCAAUUUUUCGUUAUGGUUUUGAAGGAAUGCUUAUUUCUACAUACAGUUUUAAUCGGACUUUAUUACACUGCCCUACAGAAUAUUGUAUAUUUCAAGAUCCUGAAUAUUUCUUACAAGAAAUGGGAAUAACACAUUCUUUACUUUAUAUAAAUUUGAUUGUUAUAAUUUCAUAUUUCUUUAUUUUAAGGAUUGUAGCAUAUUUCUUAUUGUCAUUGAAAAUUAAAUAUUUUUAAUAUGUAUUUUAAAUCUCAACUUUUUGUUAUUAAAAUUUAUAUAUGCUCAUUUUAAAGUU